UCGACGCUUAAGCUAAUCGUCUUCGGAGCAACUUCCGAACAAAUCGGACCCUGCACGCCAUGCUGUCGCUGCUGGUGAUUUGCCUUAGCCUGGCAUCUGGAGAGCCCAACCUACGGGGCGCCGAGCCCCUGCCGCGAGAUCUGCUGAAGUGCGGGGUGCCGGGGUUCAGGAGACACGGCGAGCGCAUCAUGCAUGGCAAAAGCGCGGAGGAGUGCAAGUGGAGGUGGCAGGUGAGCCUCCAUGACAGCCGGCUGAAUGCGUCCUCCCACUUUUGCGGUGGAACGCUGAUUGAUCCCAAAUGGGUGCUGACAGCUGCGCACUGCGUGGGCUCUUACAGUCGGUGCGACCAGCGCUUCAUGUCGGUGGCGGCCGGCGAGUGGAGGCACGGCGCAGCGCGGUCCAUGGAGCGCAAGGUGAAGAGGAUCCUAACUCACCCCAAGUACUGCAGCGAGGCGCCGAGCGACUUCGAUUUCGCCCUGUUGGAGCUGGAAGAGGCCCUGCCAAGCAACGAGUGCAUCGGGGUGGCGUGCCUGCCCAGCAACGCCGACCUCACGGAGACGAGCUGCAGCAUCACCGGUUGGGGCACAGUGGGAGGCGGCCAGCACCCCGUGACCCUCCAGGAGGCCUCCGUUACGACGUUGUCCUCCGACCUAUGCACAAAACGCUACGCGGAGCAGAACACCAGCAUCACUUCCUCCAUGAUGUGCGCGUCUGGGCUUUCCGAGAGCGGCGUUACGGAUGCCUGCUACGGCGACAGUGGCGGGCCCUUGGUCUGCCAGGAGGGCGCCUCCUUCGUGGUGCGGGGCGUGACCUCUUGGGGCUUCGGCUGCGCCUCUGAGCGCUUCCCCGGGGUCUACGCCCGCGUCACCAGCGCGAUGCCUUGGAUCCGGGAGGCCAUGUCCAGCAAGCCGGACGUGGGCCAGGUGGACUUUCACGGGUCAAUGUGGGCUGUGACGAAGGGUGCUUGCGUCAUGGACGCCCAAGGGUGCAUCACCACACCCAACUAUCCCUCCAACUACUCCGUGGACACCUACUGCGCCAUUGCGGUGAACACCAGCGGGGCGCGGCCCAUCCUGGUGGAGGACUUCUCGACGGAACCGGCCUACGACCAGCUGCUGGUGAACUGCGAGUCCUUCUCAGGGGUCAAGGGCCCCGAGGGCGUGACCCCCUUCACGGACUUGUGGUGGGUGUCUGAUGGCAGAACAGUGGGACGCGGCUGGAAGCUUUGCCCGGGCAUUUGAGUCCCAUCCCGAGGGGAGCCGCCAGCCAAGGCCCUGGUUGAAAGCCUUUCCCAGUCUUUCCAUUAUGUCCGAUUUAGACCGGCGGCUAGCCAAAGCCUGGCAGUUGCCGCCUUGCGUAGUGGGCUGCAACUGGCUGCAAGCGGCAACCCUGGAAGCUUUGAAACGGCGUGUCCGAUGACGAGAUCUUUGCAAGCCCUGGAAUCGAUUGCGAGGCGGCCGAGCUCCGACCACGGACCAAUUUGGGCCCCCCA